AUCAUUCUGUCCCUAGCAACCAGUCUAGUAGCACGAGCUCGAGCCUGCGCAGAAGAAACCGUCCGCUUGCUUUGUUUGCUUCCGGUUUGUUGCAACAAGUUGCAUGUUAGGUGCAUUGAUUAGCAUCAGCUUACGCUAUUUAUUAGUUUGCUUUGCGAAACUUAAGUGACACCGUCAAAUUAAAAUCACAACAAACCGUACGACCCUAACUGUGCGUUUAGUUCCGUAAAGAAGCGUGUGAAAUCGUGUGCAAGUGCACUAAAGACCACCAGCCGAGUGUGAUAGACCGUGUGGUGUGAACUCUUCCAACCCGCUUAGAACAGAACAAACCAACCAUGAACACCCGUCAGCUGUUCGCGAUAGGGCUGAUCGUCCUGCUGGCCGUCGCAAGCGUGUGUGAUGCGCGGCGCCGCUUCCCGAACCGGCGGCGAGGCCCGUCGCGCAAAACGCUCAAGCAGCUGUACUACGAGUCGCGGGAAACGAACACGCCCAACUUCGUCCGGCUGGUGCUGAUGCGGCUGAUCUACGGCAUCGCGACCCAGAUGGGCGUGGAGGAGCGGCUGGACAACGUGUUCGGUGGUGCGUUCGUGCCGCCGAACGCCGGCGACGACAGUUCCGACUUUUUCGACGUGCUGAGCGACGAAAGCGGCGAAGACUUUAGCUUCGGCCUGUGAGGUAAAGAACAUACGGCAAAAACAAGCAAAAACGCAACAGUCUAGUGAGCGGGGACUGACCAUCCAAACGACCGACCAAAACGGAUGCCGGCCUAAACGAGUGGGGGGAAAAAAACCAACGGAACGAUCAACACCGUACCCCGCGAACCCGAUUGCUGAGCUCAAGGAUGGCAUCAACAGAAAAACAACAGAGAGGAGAAAAAAAAACUGCAAUCCACAUCACAAACGGUAGCAGCACAAAACACACGCGAACACACUACAAUACAAUAAAUUCAAUUCCGUGUGUGCGGAAGUGCACUGCCUUUGCCGCGGGGGGUUUAGCACACACGCUCCCCCCCCCCCCCCCCCCCUCUAAGCCACAUUCUAAAUCGCAAAACUCCCAACCGGGACAACGUUUCCGCGGGAUUGCCUGCGGACUGUUCCGUACCGUUUGUUCCCCUACACACACACCCUUGAAACACUCGGUAGGUAGAAGCUGAAGCAGGAAGGAAGCUGUCCAGCGGAACGAACCAUGCGCAGAAGCAGCAAGAUAGUGUAAUCGUUUGCCGUUUUUUAAAGGUUGCCGUUGAUUUUGUUUGGUUUAAAGUGAUCUUACCGGACAACGGUCUACUUUUUUUUGCCUUUUAUCGUGUUGCUUCUAUCGGGCUUUGAUGGGAGGCCACAUGCCACACACACACAAAGUAAUGAAAGCACUAUUCAGUGACGAUGAUUAAAAACAGCGAAGAGCCGAGUAAGACAAAGAGCAAUAGCAGGGAGAAGGAAAACAACACACUGGCAGCUCCCGGGGCAGUGCUGUGCUGCUGAUUUCUUUUAAAAUUGUUGUAACACACAUCGAUCACAUGUAGGGAGUGAGAGGGAUAGGGCAAAAGACGAUCAACCAGAGCCCAGCUGGAGGAUGAUCGGAAGCUGGCUUAAGAUUCGCGUCCGUUUGGAGGGGGGGGACCAGCUGAAAAGGUACAUCAUUCAUUCCAGCCCGGCCGUUGAUUUUGGCAAUUAAAGUAAUUGAAAAGAAAAGUAAAACCCCUUCUCAGCAACGUGACGUGUGGGUUUUGGUGGGAGUGGGGGGGGAGGAAUUUCUCUCAGCAAGGCGGAUCAAUUCUGUUCAGCACAACAACCCCCCUAACGUAAUUGAUCGCGGAUGAUCCUCGCUUUGAAAAAUGGGAGAAAAAGGGAUGAUCGUUUCUAUUCCCUCUUUCGCCACCAUCAUCACCAUCAGUGUGUUAUAGGGGCUAGUAUUUAUACUAUUUACAGGUACAACAAUUGCUCUGCUAACUGUUUAUUUCUGUUCUGCUUUGGGGCUAUUUUUAUGUAUUUGCUUCCCCUCCCAAAGGGUGCAGAUGGGCAAUUUUAUGGGCGGGUGUUGGCUCUCUCUCUCGAAGGUGCUACCAACAAAAUUGUGCGGUCGCGGGAGUAUUGUUUUUCUUUAGUUUUAAGUACCUUUUACUUACCAGUGCCCCUUUUUGCGCGUGGAAUCUCUGCGGAGGGAGGCAGCAAAAACAAACACCAAAAUGGGCAGGGAAAUUAAUUACAAAUUACACGGUGGUUUAGAAUGUUCUUUGCUGUAAUGAACAUCGUUCCACACUCUUUCAGCUCCUGCACGCUUUGAAGGGUCGUAGGAAGCGUAUGCUCAACAAAAAAAGGUUAAAUGUAAGCUAUUUAUUAAUCGAUUUACGAACCGAUUUACCCCGUACCAUUAGACAAUUUAAUGUAAGCGUAUUUAAAAACAGGGCAGUAGAUCCUCCGCCCAAAAGCUGUAAAUAGUGUAACAUAUGUCAUACAAAUAUACGAUCUAAGGUGUAACUCAUUGGAAAAA